AUGGCCGCGAAGUCGGAUGGAGCGGUGGCCGCGGCCGGCCCGGGGCCGGAGGAGGCGGCCGGAGGAGCCCGGGGCAGUGCAGGAGGGCGCGGGGAGGCGGCAGAGGUAGCCGAGGGGCCCGGGGUGACGGGGGCGGGGGGCCCGGGGCCGCGCUACGAGCUGCGGGACUGCUGCUGGGUGCUGUGCGCGCUGCUCGUGUUCUUCUCCGACGGCGCCACGGACCUGUGGCUGGCGGCCUCCUAUUACCUGGAGGGUCAGCACACCUACUUCGGCCUCACGUUGCUGUUUGUGCUCCUGCCCUCGCUUGUCGUGCAACUGCUCAGCUUUCGCUGGUUCGUCUACGACUAUACGGAUCCCGCGGGGGCCCCGGGACCCGCCGUCAGCACCAAGGACAGCGGUGCCGGCGGGCCGGUCAUCAGCACCAAGGACAGCGCCGUCGCCCUCCGGACCAAAGAAGGCAGUCCUGAGCUGGGCUCCCGACCCGCGCCCUCCUCGGCCAGCAUCUACCGCCGCCGUUGCUGCCGCCUCUGCGUCUGGCUGCUGCAGACCCUCGUCCACCUCCUGCAGCUCGGCCAGGUCUGGAGGUACCUGCGCACUAUGUACCUGGGGCUGCAGAGCCGCUGGCGCGGGGAGCGGCUGCGGCGCCACUUCUACUGGCGGAUGCUGUUCGAGAGCGCCGACGUGAGCAUGCUGCGCCUGCUGGAGACUUUCCUGCGCAGCGCGCCGCAGCUCGUGCUGCAGCUCAGCCUGGUGGUGCACGAAGGCGGCGCGCCCAAACUGCUGCCCGCCCUCUCCAUCUCCGCCUCGCUCGUGUCCCUGGCCUGGACGCUGGCCUCCUACCAGAAGGUGCUGCGAGACUCACGGGACGACAAGCGGCCGCUGUCCUACAAGGGGGCCGUGGCCCAGGUGCUCUGGCACCUGUUCGCCAUCGCGGCCCGCAGUCUGGCCUUCGCGCUUUUCGCCAGUGUCUACAAGCUCUACUUUGGCAUUUUCAUCGUGGCCCACUGGUGCGUCAUGACCUUCUGGGUCAUCCAGGGUGAGACGGACUUCUGCAUGUCCAAGUGGGAAGAGAUCAUCUACAACAUGGUGGUGGGCAUCAUCUACAUCUUCUGCUGGUUCAACGUCAAGGAGGGCCGCAGCCGCCACCGCGUGACCCUCUACUACUGCAUAGUUCUGCUGGAGAACGCCGCUCUCACCGGCUUCUGGUACUCCAGCCGCAACUUCUCCACCGACUUCCACUCGCUCAUUCUGGUCUGUGUGGUGGCCUCCAGCUUCGCGCUGGGCGUAUUCUUCAUGUGUGUCUACUAUUGCCUCCUGCACCCCAACGGGCCCAUGCUGAGCCCCCAGGCCCCCGGCUGCAUCUUCCGUAAGGCCCCAGGGCCCUGUGGCCCACCAGCCGACGCUGUCACAAGUCCCCCAAGGUCCCUGCCUAGGACUACAGGCCCUGAGCGGGAUGGGGCCUCUGUGGGAGGCGAGCGUGCGGGGACCCCCACGCCACCUGUCUUCCAGGUGCGGCCUGGCUUGCCUCCCACACCUGUGCCCCGCACCUUGCGGACAGAGGGGCCUGUCAUUCGGAUUGACCUGCCCCGGAAGAAGUACCCCGCCUGGGAUGCUCAUUUCAUUGACCGCCGGCUCCGGAAGACCAUCCUGGCGCUGGAGUACUCCUCACCCACGACACCCCGCCUGCAGUACCGGAGCGUCGGGGCCUCCCGGGAGCUGCUGGAGUACGAGAGCACGGUGUAG